UCGUAGAGGAAGAGAGAUUGCAAUCACUGCUUCGCGGUUGCAACGUAGCCUACAGUAUGUUCCUUUAAAUACACCUGUUCUAGCGCCACUGCGUGCGCCUUCGGGUUGGCGGAGCCAUGGGUUAAAUGUGGUUGGAAGACAUCGUUUAUUACGCUCAGUACCGGGAGUGUAACGGAGAGCUCUUGUUUUAAUUUAAUCACAUGGCUCCGGUGUUUAUAGCCGCUUAAUGGAUUACUGCCUCAGCUCGUCUGAGGAAUUUUCCGUUUUUCCACCCUGGUGCGUUUGCGCGCAAUCUGGAUGUCAUGAAAUCAGUUACACUUAAUCGCUGAAAUGACCACUUUCUCUCUGCUGACCUACUUGGCUUUUCUACUGUAAGUUCUGCGUCGUUCUUUAUUAUGAUACGGUCUGAUUUCCAGUGAGCGGCAACACGUUUGACUUCAAAGUGAGACCGAGGAGGCGCUUUCCGUUGUAGACAUUCGGCAACAAUUUGUUGCAAACAUUCAGGACAAGGUGAUGUUGCCAUUACCGUCUCGGACCCCCACGGCACCGUAACCGUCUUUUUCUCUGUUUUAAUGAGUCAUCUGAGUCGUCCUUGAGAGAUUAUCCACGUGUUUUUCAAUUAUGUUCACUUUCGCUGCCUUCUGCUACAUGCUCUCUCUGGUCCUCUGCGCGUCACUCAUCUUUUUCGCAAUAUGGCAUAUAACAGCCUUUGAUGAGCUUCAGGCAGACUUCAAGGUUCCGAUCGACCAGGGCAACCCUCUCCAUGCGCUGGUGCUUCCAGAGUACUCCAUCCAUGGGUUGUUCUGCAUCAUGUUCCUUUGUGCUCAGGAGUGGCUGACUGUGGGGCUGAACAUCCCUCUUCUCUUCUACAACACCUGGAGGUACUUUCAUAGCCCAACAGACACCAAGGAGCAGCUGUACGACCCGGCCUCCGUCAUGAAUGGAGACACUCUGAGGUUCUGUCAGAAGGAAGCCUGGUGCAAGAUGGCCUUCUUCAUCCUCUCCUUCUUCUACUAUCUCUACUGUAUGGUCUACUCCCUGGUCACCUCAUAGCCAUGACCUCCCCUGACGCCGUUCCUCUGGAUAACACACCUCCUGACGCAGCAAAGCCACACCAGAACCUUCAGAUCCCAGCUGUGUUUCACCCAGGAGAGGACGUCUGUCUCACAGCAUGAGGGAGGGUCACCUGAUCCAGUCUCCUCCUCUCUCCUGUGUUCAUGUAUGUAAAGACUACCAAGAGACUACUGUUUACAGUCAGGUCUGAUCGACCAUAUUACCUUCUUCUACAUCAUCACUGCCUGGCCAAUGUUUGUACUCCAGCACCCACAGUCUAUGUCCCUGGACCUAGCCUAGCCUAGCCUAGUUUCAACAGACCCACAGUCUGUCAAUGUCACUGGGUCUAAUCUAGCCUAGUUUAUCAAAGGCAGACUCACGUUUUGUCUGUUCCUAGAUAGCCUAGCAUAGCCACAACCAGUCGUGUCCCUUGCCCUUGCCUAAACUAGCAUAGCUUAGCGUAGCCACAAAAAAUGACUAAAUGUAACCAGUCGUGUCCCUUGCCUAAACUAGCAUAGCCUAGCAUAGCCACAACCAGUCGUGUCCCUUGCCCUUGCCUAAACUAGCAUAGCCUAGCAUAGCCACACUCGCAGUCUAUGUCCCUAGGCCUAGCAUUGCCACAGUCUGUCCCUGAGCCUAGUGCUAGCUUAUCUUGAUGAAGCAAAGGCAUCGUAGCAUCACCGCAAUCGUAGGAAGUACACAC